AUGACUUUCGAUCCCAUGCACGACUUGCUUGAAGGUGUCGUUAGCAUGUGUCUUAAAAGGAUACUGAAUGAUAUGGUCAAUGGCAUUAAAAUUAUAACCGAUGUUGAGGUUAAUGAGCGAAUUCUACGAUUUGACUACGGUACCGCUGAAAAGAAAGACAAACCAUGUGGAAAUUUCAAGUCACAAACUCUCAAAACUAAAAAUAAUAAAUUCACGGAUGUAUCGUUGAAGUUUCUUGAUGCAGAAAAACUAAGUGCAAUGGGCAUCGUUGCCAUCGGGCCGCGACUAAUUGUUUUGUCAGUUGUAGAUAAAAUGAAUAAAUGGAACGAUCCUAUGAGCGAAGAUAUGCAAUCGUCGGCAUUACGUGAAAUACUGGAGUGUAACAAAAAAUUUCGAUCUAUUCUUUAUGAGAAGCUAGACGCACAAAUAAUUCCUACCGAUACAGAAAUAAAACUAAUGAUUCGAAUUUUAUGUGCCACUAUGGUAGAAAGAUUGAUGCAUGAUUCAAUGUAUCCUACAUGGCAGCAAAAACAAGAAUUGGCUUUGAAAAUCUUGGAGGAGUUUCCUCAUUUGGAAACAACUCGUGUGUCAGAAAAUGCACCAAAAGAGUCCUAUUUUUUUUGGCGCAACGGGGGAUUGUCCAGAGGACAACACACUGGCUUGAUCGAAACUCGAGUGAGCAAAAUGCGAAAAGAUGUUUUGCCCGAGAAUAGACAAUUUCGCAGAACUAAAAAGGAAACGAUUGUUCUAAAGGAUGGGUGUGUGCAACUUGCUGCUUUUUUGAGUGGACUUCUGCCUACACCUGCAAAUGCUCGACAAAUAUCCGAAGGGAUGAUACAGACGACAGAUUUGCAUAAAUUACUUUUACAAAAAAGUAAAUCUAAUGAAAUAGUCAGCACAUUUCCCCAUUUGUUAUCUUAUGAGGGAGAGAUGGUCAUACAGGCAUUUGAUCGAAUCCACGAAAAAAACAUACAAGAUACAGGAGAUCUGAAAAUGUUGCUUCGCGCAGGAAUUCUAUUCGAUAACUCUAGUUGGAAUAUGAUACAAGACGACUUCAUAAAAGGAGCUUUAAGGUUGAUGAAAAAGAUAUCCAACAAAGGUAUUAAGCGAACUACUGGUAUGGAAAACAAUGCGAGCAUGGAGGAGAUUACUGCUGCUCCCAUAAUUAAGUGGAUCCGAUUUCCUCAUAGCGAAGUGGGAUUCGACGAAAUGCUGGCUGUAAAACAAUUAUCCUCAACAAUCGGGGACUCACACAUAAUUUGUGCAGGCGAACUGCCUUGGAAAUAUGUAUGUCAUUUUCAAUGAAUACGUUAUUCCUUGUGGUAAAUCAAGCCUAAGAGCAAUCGAAGUUAUGUUUAAAUCUUAUGCUGUAUUCGGUCUUCAAGUGCCGGCAUUGAUCAGAAAAUUGUACGAUCUAAUAUCGAUUAAUGUUUGGGGUACGAAACAGCACAGCAAGUCUAAAUCAGUGAUGGCUGACUUUUCUUAAGUUAGUAAUAUUUACCCAAUGAAUAAUUUCGUGGAAUUACUCAAAAUUAAGUAAUUCCAUUUAACUCAAAAUUACCUUAUUGAACGAAUGUGCUUGGAUGAGUCAAAAAUAGCUAAUUUUGGGUAGUUUCUAUUUUCCGUGUAGAUUUUGCUCGCGACCAGAGAUGCCAUUUAUACAGAUUUAUCUGUAUUAUACCAAUUUUUACAUGAUCAUAUAGAUUUAAUACAGGUACAGAUUUAAUACAGAUUUCCUCAAUAUAAUACAGCUUUAUAAAGAUCUCACAAAGAGUAAGAAAGAAAAAAAUAAAUUUGUCUGCCUGAGCUAUCUUUUAGUAUUUGAUUCCAGUGACGAGAUAAAGCGACUUGACGUUGCAUUUUGGA